CUAAUUUCUCUUCUUCGUCGCCUAGCCCAAGGACUCGAACUCAAGAAAGUCCUUGGAUCGAUUCGAUCGCUUCUACACAUUGCUUUCUUCUUAUUCAUCGCCGAAUCGCCGAUUUUCCGGUCACAGUUCUCCGGCAAUGACUCUCAUGACUCCUCCUCCAGUAGACCCAGAAGAGGACGAGAUGCUCGUUCCUAAUUCAGAUUUUCCUGUUGAAGGUCCUCAGCCAAUGGAAGUUGCGACUGCGGAUACAGCUAGUACGGUGGAUGGACCGCCAGUGGAUGAUCCGCCAUCUGCUCGGUUCACAUGGACAAUAGAAAACUUUUCAAGGUUGAAUACAAAGAAGCUAUACUCGGAUGUUUUCCAUGUGGGAGGAUAUAAAUGGAGGAUAUUGAUAUUUCCUAAAGGGAACAAUGUGGACCAUUUGUCAAUGUAUUUAGAUGUUGCGGAUUCACUGGCAUUGCCUUACGGGUGGAGUAGACAUGCUCAGUUUAGCUUAGCUGUUCUCAACCGAGUCCAUAACAAGUUUACAGUGAGGAAAGAUACUCAACACCAGUUUAAUGCAAGAGAGAGUGACUGGGGUUUCACGUCCUUCAUGCCUCUUAGUGAAUUAUAUGAUCCUAUCAGAGGUUAUCUUGUGGAUGAUACAGUAAUAGUUGAAGCUGAUGUUGCUGUGCGUAGGGUCAUUGAUUACUGGUCUCAUGACUCGAAGAAGGAAACUGGUUGUGUUGGCCUUAAGAAUCAGGGAGCUACUUGUUAUAUGAACUCUCUCCUCCAAACAUUGUACCAUAUUCCUUACUUUAGAAAGGCUGUGUAUCAUAUGCCAACAACUGAGAAUGACAAUCCAUCCGGGAGCAUCCCUUUGGCUCUACAGAGUUUGUUUUAUAAGCUACAAUACAGUGACACUAGUGUAGCAACAAAAGAGUUGACAAAGUCCUUUGGAUGGGAUACAUAUGAUUCUUUCAUGCAGCAUGAUGUACAAGAACUCAACAGGGUUCUUUGUGAAAAACUUGAAGAUAAGAUGAAGGGAACCGUUGUAGAGGGCACAAUACAACAAUUAUUCGAGGGGCAUCAUAUGAAUUAUAUUGAAUGUAUCAAUGUGGACUAUAAAUCAACAAGAAAAGAAUCUUUUUAUGAUUUGCAGCUUGAUGUCAAAGGGUGUCGUGAUGUCUAUGCUUCUUUUGACAAGUAUGUUGAAGUAGAACGCCUUGAGGGUGAUAAUAAGUACCAUGCAGAAAAAUAUGGUUUACAGGAUGCUCGAAAAGGUGUACUUUUCAUUGAUUUCCCUCCUGUUCUUCAGCUUCAAUUAAAACGAUUUGAAUAUGAUUUUGUGCGGGAUACUAUGGUCAAGAUAAACGACAGAUAUGAGUUUCCUUUAGAACUCGAUCUUGAUAGAGAGAAUGGCAAAUACUUAUCUCCUGAUGCAGAUCGAAGUGUUCGCAAUCUCUAUACGCUUCACAGUGUUCUGGUUCACAGUGGUGGGGUCCAUGGGGGACACUAUUAUGCUUAUAUCAGGCCAACACUCUCUGAUCAAUGGUUUAAAUUUGAUGAUGAGCGUGUGACAAAAGAAGAUUCAAAGAGGGCUUUGGAAGAACAAUAUGGUGGUGAGGAGGAGUUACCUCAUGCAAACCCUGGGUUCAACAAUUCACCAUUCAAAUUUACAAAAUAUUCAAAUGCAUAUAUGCUUGUUUAUAUACGUGAAAGUGACAAAGAAAAGAUUAUCUGCAAUGUGGACGAAAAGGACAUAGCGGAGCAUCUCAGGGUAAGGCUGAAGAAAGAGCAAGAUGAAAAGGAGCAAAAGAGAAAGGAAAAAGCAGAGGCUCACCUUUAUACAAUAAUCAAGGUUGCUCGUGAUGAAGACCUUGGCGAACAAAUUGGAAAAGAGAUUUAUUUUGAUCUUGUGGAUCAUGACAAAGUCCGUAGUUUCCGUAUCCAGAAACAGAUGGCAUUUACACAAUUCAAGGAGGAAGUUGCUAAGGAAUUGGGUAUACCGGUGCAAUUUCAGCGUUAUUGGCUAUGGGCAAAACGACAAAACCACACUUAUCGGCCUAAUCGGCCAUUGACACCUCAAGAGGAAGCUCAAUCAGUUGGACAACUGAGGGAGGUCUCUAAUAAAGCAAAUAACGCUGAGCUAAAACUGUUUUUGGAAGUUGAAUUUGGCCUGGAUUUGCGACCUUGUCCUCCACCUGAGAAAACCAAAGAAGAUAUUCUUCUAUUUUUCAAACUGUAUGACCCUCUGAAAGAGGAGAUGAGGUAUGUUGGGCGGCUCUUUGUAAAAGGUAGUGGCAAGCCAUUGGAGAUAUUGCCCAAGCUAAAUGAGCUGGCUGGCUUUUCGCCUGACGAAGAGAUUGAACUCUUUGAGGAAAUAAAAUUUGAUCCCAACGUGAUGUGUGAACCCAUUGAUUGGAAGCUAACAUUUCGUGGCAGUCAGCUUGAAGAUGGGGACAUUAUCUGUUUUCAGAAACCCCUUCGAAGUCAAACUAGUGAACAAUAUCGAUUUCCUGACGUUCCUUCAUUUUUAGAGUACGUGCACAAUCGCCAGGUUGUUCGCUUCCGCUCAUUGGAAAAACCCAAGGAGGAUGAUUUCAGUCUUGAGUUGUCGAAGCGGAACAACUAUGAUGAAGUAGUUGAAAGAUUGGCUCGCCAUCUUGGCUUGGAUGAUCCAUCAAAAAUAAGGCUUACAUCACAUAACUGCUACUCACAGCAACCAAAACCUCAGCCAAUAAAGUAUCAAGGAGUGGACCGUCUUACAGAAAUGCUUGUUCAUUAUAAUCAGACUUCAGACAUUUUGUAUUAUGAAGUCCUCGAUAUUCCGUUACCAGAGCUGCAGUGCUUAAAAACUCUCAAAGUCGCCUUCUAUAAUUCUGCAAAAGAUGAAGUGACAAUCCAUACUAUUAGAUUGCCGAAACAAAGUACUGUAGAUGAUGUCCUUAAUCAUCUCAAGACAAAGGUUGAGUUGUCACAUCCAGAUGCUGAACUAAGAUUGCUGGAAGUUUUCUACCACAAAAUAUAUAAGAUUUUUCCACCUACUGAAAGGAUUGAGAACAUAAAUGAUCAAUACUGGACCUUGCGUGCAGAGGAGAUCCCCGAAGAGGAGAAAAACCUGGGUCCUCAUGAUCGCUUGAUUCAUGUUUACCAUUUUAUGAAGGACACGACUCAAAAUCAAGCACACGUACAAAACUUUGGGGAGCCCUUUUUCCUGGUUAUUCAUGAGGGUGAGACACUGACUGAAGUUAAAGCCCGCAUUCAGAAAAAAUUGCAGGUUCCAGAUGAGGAGUUUUCUAAGUGGAAGUUUGCGUUUUUGUCCAUGGGCCGUCCUGACUAUCUCCAGGAUUCAGAUGUUGUGUCCAAUCGCUUUCAGAGGAGAGAUGUUUAUGGUGCUUGGGAGCAGUAUCUUGGAUUAGAGCAUGCUGACAAUGCUCCUAAAAGGUCAUAUGCUAGCAACCAGAACCGACAUACUUUUGAGAAGCCUGUUCGGAUCUACAACUAAUCUUCUAAAUGGCUGACCAAUAUCUUCGAUGGGGCAUGUAAAAUCUCGCAAAGAAGCAGCACUAGCUUCAGCAGAAGAUAUCAGUGUGGCAGUUGAUGCAGGGAUGUCUUCGUGGUGGUAAUAUAACUUUUGCCCUCCGAACGUGGUUAAGCAUAUGAGCUUACAAUCUAUUUCGGCAAGCAACACAAUAUUCGAUUCAAGUAGGUUUAGGUGGCAGAAACCGUUGAUUCAACUGUAAUUUUAGGCGAUGCACAUGAUUUUUGGGUGGGCCCAUGUAUAGAGGGUAUAGAUCUUCGUUUUGACAUUGUCCUGUUUUGUCGUUCCUAUUCCUCCCUAUUGCCUUUUUCAGUUCUCUCAUAACUAGAUUUCGAUGGAAAAAUAACAAUCUAGAGGAACACAAUGCUGGGAUAUUCUAUAGCGACAUUGUUGUAGAGCAAUUGAAAGGGAUGAAUCACAAUUCGAUAGUGUCUUUAUUUGCAAAAUGUCUAACUUAUAGCUAGUUAGAUACUCCUAUUAGAUUUGUAUGAUCAAUUUGGGUUAAUACAAGUCUAUUGUGGUUGUCAUUUAUCAGAACAAUUGUACAUCUACUUUUUCUGUUUAAUUUUGGAUGAAAUAGAAGUAGCAGAAUGCUUA